AUGGAACGAAUAACAUUGUAUGAAGAAUAUAAGUUUAUAGAGAAAAGCGAAACUGAGGUAUAUAGUAUUUGGAAAGGCGCCCAUCUAUUAUUGUUUUUCCUGGCGUUUGUGUUUGGAUCGUUCUGCACUUUUUGUUUCCAUAUGCUGAUGUAUUUAUUUGACGAGAAAUGUGUAUUGUUUCCAAAACUAUUGUCUUUGACGUCACUACGCCAGAACAUUAUUUAUGAAUUCAUUCCAGAGGAUAAAGUGAAGGCAGAAUUGUUGCCAGUGGACUUUGUCAGUACACAAUGGGUAGAAAAAAGUGCUUGCUACCUACCGACGUAUGUGCCUUUGGUUUCGGGAAUUUUUGGUCUUGUUUGGACAACUAUGUUCCUUAUGUGUUCGGCGGGAAGCCGAGUUCUUACUGGUUUGCAGAGACCAUGGAGGAUCCUUCCUCCAGUAUUUGUGUUUUCUUUGGCGAUGAGUUCUCUUUGUAUAUAUACUUCUGUCGUCACUCACUAUGGCUUACACGAUCUCUGUAUGAAGCUGAGCGAAAUUACUGGCAGCACAACCUGCACGUAUACGGUGAAUGUUGCAACGCUGGUAUAUGAGCGGCGUAUUCGUGGGGUCUAUCAAGCAACCCAUCUAACCAUCCUCUCUGCAUGGCUACAUACAGCUUGUUGGGUGCUGUCAGCACUUCUAGCUCUAUUUCGAGUAUUGCUGGCGAUCGAUUUCCAACUUGUUCGUGUCAAAGCUGAACUUACCGGAAACAUUGAUAAAUUUCUGGAAAAAAAUGAAACGCACAUUCGAACAAUCUCUCCUGAUCUUUGGGGGAUGCCAGUAUCCACUUCAGCAUCCAAAAACAGCACGAAAGUUCAUUUCCAGAAGGAAUACUUAAUUUCGAAGAGACUUCUAGGAUCCGAAUCAAGUCUAUCAGAUUUUGGUGACCAGCUAUAUCUUUCCGAUGGCUCUUCAAAGAAUUCCGAAAUGGCUUUAGUUCCUGUUGAAAAACGGAAACUUGAAAUGUAUGAAAUUUACAGCAAAGUUAGCAGAGAACAUACAUUCAUAACGCAAUUGUUGUAUAACAUUGUUGCUGAUGUAACCGAAACAUCUCCAUUUCUUAGUUUAUCCAGCAGUGUCAGUUCAAUAGAUUCUGAUAGCAGCUUACUGAGAAUUGUACGACAAUAUGGCCAGGAAAAAAUAACUUCUCGUCUAGUACUCGCUGAACGGGGCAAGACACGAGCUUUGCUUGACAUAAAAGAAGCUGAAGAGGCGGCGGUGGAUCUUAAACGGGCAUUAAAAAGCAGACUUAAUAUUCUUUACGAAAACACAACCUCAAAACUGGAAAAUCAAAGUGACGAAGGAAAACAGGAAUCUACAAGUGACCAACCGGAGUUAGGUGUUCCUAGCACAAGUAAAGAUCCAGCUAAAACAAAGAAGUCAAAUUUGAAAAAUACUGCAACUCAAACUCAUAAGAAACAACGCGAUCCAUCUGCUAAAGUUCAAAUAGAAUCAAAAACGAGUAUUAUGACUUCCGAUACUAAACUUAAUUUGGAAAAAGAAACACAAACUAAGAAAGAGAAACAAGAUUAG